AUGCUGCGACCGGCGACCCCCAUGUCGUUGCUGCUCUUCGCAGCCUUCGCCCUGCUAUUGCUUUCUACCUUGUCGACACCCGUCAUUAAGCAAAUACCACUCGGCAGCUUCAAGGGUGCCAGCUUUGGAGUCUUUGGCGUUUGCAAGGCGGAUGGCACUUGCGAAGGCCCUGAGAUUGGCUAUGACACUACCAAAGUGUUUGCAGCUGCAGACAACAAGGGUGCCUUUGACCUACCGGACUCGGCUCGAAACACUCUCUCCGCCAUUCUGAUCGUGCACCCGAUCGCCGCUCUUACGACGCUCAUCAUGCUUAUCAUGGCCGCCGUUGCCCAUCUUCACUCACCCUCGCAUUCGGCUCGCUACCUCCUCGCUGUCUUCAUCUUCUCCUUCAUCGACUUUCUCAUCUGUCUCUUGGCCUUCCUGGUCGAUGUACUCUUGUUCGUCCCUCAUAUGGCCUGGGGCUCAUACAUCGUCCUCGCCGCCACGAUUCUCGUUGGAAUGAGUGGACUCGUGGCCUGCGCUAUGCGUCGUAUGCUGGUCAGCAGAAAGGCCAGGAAGAAGAGGAUCGCCGAAAAUGCCGAGAUGAGCGGAGAGAACUACUACAACCGUGAGGCUCAAGUCAAGACCACCGGAUCCAUCGGCUCACAGCCGACCAUGCCCGUUGUAAGCGGUGGAAACGGCGUCGAUAAGCUGCCUACGUUUGCCUCAUUCGAAUCCCAGAAGAAGGACGACCAGAUCAGCGAUGAGCAUAUCCCCCUGACGGCCAGAAGCCCCACCAAUGGCUCCCAAGGCAUCGUGGCUACGACAGAUGUACCCCCCUCACGGUCUGGAUCCGUUCCGCCGAACAGAGAUCCGUAUGGAAACCCAAUGCCGCCACAAGAUGGGUUCGGUCCCAGGAGAGGACCCUCUCAAGAGCGCAUGAGAGGUAGAGGCGGCAUGCCCCCCGGUGGAUUUAGAGGACGCGGCGGUGGUGGUUAUGGCAGGGGUGGGUACAACAAUUACGGCCCACCACCUCCGGGGAGAGGCGGCUACGGCCCUCCGGGACGAGGAGGAGGCUACGGUGGGCCCCCUCCUGGUGGUAGAGGCGGAUAUGGGCCGCCCCCUCGCGGCGGAUUUGGACCGAAUGGCAUGCGAGGCGGACGGCCGCCUCCGCCUGGCUACCAACCUGGGCCUGGUGGCCCAGGACCAUAUGACCGCAGACCAAGCCCGGGCAACGGCUACGGUGGUCCCCCUCCUCCCGUUGGGCCGUACGGGCAACGCUCCAUGGACAUGGCCCCUGGAUACAACAGUGCAAACAACAGCACCAACCCUUCUCUCCCAUCCAUCCCGCAGCAGCAAGGCUAUGAGGCGUACAAUCCGGAGCGUGGGAGCUUGCCGCGAGCCGAAUCACCCCCGCCUCUCCCUGGUAAUACACCGCCGCCAAUGGUUGGUCAAGCGGUUGAGAUGGAUGCGGCAACGGGAAGUCCCGCCCUCCCGCCUCAAGGGUUUGGCCAGUUCCGGGACAGUGAUGCCGAUAUCGCUGGCAUGGUUGGACUCCAGCAGCAGCAAAACGGUGGAAACAGGUCUCAACCCUUGCGGCAUGACACGUACAUGAGCGAGGGAAGCAGGUACAGCUCGGACGAGGCAUACGUACCGCCUCGUCAGGCCUGGAACAACCAAGGCUCAUCACGCACGGCGUCUCCGCUGCAACACAGUGAGCUACCCGUCCGAAGCUCGCCUGCGCCGGCGGCCAGCGACUACUACGAAGAUGUCGAUCCGCGCUUCGCGGACGUGCCAGCACCGGCUCCAGCUCCCAGAGCAGGCCCCCCGCCUGCCCUUCAGGUACCUCUACCCGCGCCCAACAUGUAUGAUGACGCUCAUGCGGAUGCCGGUGCACGUAGCCCUGGCGCCGAGUCUGAUCGGUCCAAUUUCACCUCCAUAUCUCAGAGAGGGAUAAACCCAAGGUGGAACCCCGCCCCUCCGAUGCCUGGAUCUGGUCAGCAGAUGCCGCCGCGUCGGCCGGUUCAACAGCAACGGCAAGACGUUCUGUUGAACAACAACCCCGACUUCGAGCUGCCCGGCAGUCGCCUUGGACCCCCAUCUCGCACGGGAGGCAACGGUAUGAUACCCGGCAGUGCGUACCCGCCAGGCUUUUAA